CCAGGGAGACACACUGGAGUAGUUGAGAGCUGUGAACAAGCCGAUCGCAUAUGAGUUUUCUCUACCAAAUAAUUUGUUUGUUCAAGUUAUUCCUGGAAUGUUUUUGGCCAUUUUCUGUUUUCCACACAGGAUCUACUCGCGUUUAAGUCGAAACUAUCUGGGAUCUCUUCAGGCUUCUCACAUUAUCGCUUGGAGUUAAAAAAACAGUCCAACUCUCAUCCGAAUCCACGCGGAGGGAAUGGCACCAGCUUUAACUAGAACAGACAAAAAUGGAAUUCACUUGUCAUCGUCUCUUUUAACUGAUGGUAUGGAUUCCGACAACCCCGUUCUUGGCAUCGAUUUAGAGCCUCAAAUGAAGUUACUGGAGGACACUUUCAGUCCCACGAUGUGGCUGAACCUGUCCUCGCUGCCCUUUCUAGACCCCUGCGGCUCGAAGAAUCCUCUGAAGUAUCCAGAUGCGCUGUUGCAGCCUCUCCUGCAAAGCUCGGGUUACUACAAAACAGUUAUGCUGUCCAGCCCUCGAGAUUUAGUCGGACAGCUCUCUUUGAACAAAGCCAAAAAGUCUCUGCUGACCAAAAGUGACCUACUGUCCCCCUUCCCGAAGCUCAGCAGCCUACAGGAUGUGCCUGACAUAUGUCUGCUUCAGCUCAGCAACUCCAUCCCAGUCUCUCCUGAUGUAGCCAACUGUCCGUCAUUGACACGCCACAGCCCAGGGAAGCACUUGAUACAACACAGUGCAGUACCUUUAGACAGAAUAGGGGCAGGUGAUGGCAUUGGCAUAGGUGGACGCCGCGGGCAGCAUUGGUCAUCAGUCAAACAGGCCGUGAAAGGCCAGACCCUGAGACACCUAUCUGAGCAGCGCAACCUGGUGGGUCGAGUUGACCGCCUCCAGAGACGCCUCCAAACACUGCUGGGGGAGCAUGUGUCUCGCCACUGCACCCAGCAACUGGAUGGACUCAAAGCAAAGUACCUGCAAAAGGACAUCGCGCCCAAGUCACCUACGCAGUCCAUGACCUCCCCUUGUGCUUCUUGGAGCCCUGCUCUAUCUACGGACCCAAAGCUCUCAGAUGCCCACCAAGCAGAAGCAGAGGCAGACUUGCUGGCAGUAGCUGCCUUGGAUGACCUGCCUGCCUGUGCCCCUACUCGGACAGACCCCGCUGCGUCCACAGAUCGUGCCACUGACCUCCAUAACUUUGCCCGAUGUGCCAGCGCUGCCCUGCAUGGGUUGCACUCGGCUUUGGACUCCGAUGCCACAGACAGCAGCUCGGAUGAGGAGUGGGAGCCAGUGGGAACCACCUCCAGGACCAGGCCUCAGGCAGUGCGCGGCAGUGCGGAAUGGCGUUGGCAGGCGGAGCGUGCGGAGAUGGCCAGUCGCUGGACCUGGCUGCAGUUGCGGGUGGCAGAGCUGGAGCUGCACAUCCAGCAGGUGGGAGACCUGAGAAAGCGCCUCCUACAGGACAAGGGUGGGGUGGUGCUGGCCGACUGUCAGCCCAAAACGGACACCCAGAUCCAGCAGACCCUGCUGACGGAGAUGGCCGGCCUGUCCUGCUUCACCACCAGCCACGGCACUACGUUGGAGAUGAACAGCGGCCCCGACCUGGAGACAGAGCCCUGCAGCCCCACGCGCCUCCUGCGCAACAUCGAGAGACAGAGUGCCCAGCUGUCGCAGAUCGUCAACAGCCUGAUGCCCCCCCACAGCCUCUCCCCGUCCUCCUCCCCCGUCCCCAAGCACUCCCUCGCCAACGGCUGGGCCGGCGCCGGACAACACAAGAGACCCUUCGACAGCGGUGGCGUGGUGUUCCACUCCGGCCCUCAGGGUGGUGCUGAGGGGGUCCAGAAGAAGCGGCGCGUGUGUCGGCGGAGGCAGCCCCUGGUGCCCGCCACCUGUGUCUCGGCCCGCACGCGGCCCCUCCACACCUACCACAAGCCACGCCUCUUCCACUCCAGCAUGCCAUGCUCCAACGCCCAGCAGGAGGAGGAGGAUCGACUCUCCUCGGCUGCCUGCCCCAGCUGCCGGUCAUGUGACCCCGUGUCCAUGUGCGUGGACCCCUGCUGCCCUGGCAACCCUGGCCUCGCUGCCCAGAGGUUCCACGCCGUGCUUUCACUACGCUCAGAUGCCCCCCUGUCAUCGCACCUGCUGAAGGGGCUUCACCGUGAGGACUGGACCCUGCGGCCGCUCCAGAUCACCACGCUGCCCCACAGCCCCAUACGCUACCUCAGCUGCGGACGCAAGCAGCCACGACACACCUCAGCCUUCAAUUUCGGUCACACCCCUGUUCUGCCUCACAGGCGGAGGCCAAAGAGUCGCGGGGAGGCAUCGGAGGUGCGGUGGGAGUCAGGGGUGCGCGGCCCACCCAGACGCACCCACAGGAGGAGGCCCAGGAAGAGGCUCUACCACGACAGCUCACUGGAGGAGGCAGAGCUACUGUCCAGCUUGGUGGUGCCCCCCAGCCCAGAGGAGAGUGCUGAGGAGACCCUGACCCCCCUGCCCCAUCACACUCGCCAUCGGGCCACAGGGUAUGUACGCAGGAGGAAUGGCGAGAGCACCAAGUAUAACAUUGACAACAUCGUGAUCCCCAUGUCCCUGGCUGCCCCCAUCAAGGUGGAGAAACUCCAGUACAAGGACAUUGUCACCCCCAGCUGGAAGGUGGUGGAGGCUGGACCUCUGGAGAAGGAGGAGGAGAACAAGAAGGAGGAGCAGGAGGAGGAGGAGGAGGAGGAACAGCGGAGAGACAAGGAGGAUGGUGACCAAGAGGUGGAGUGCUUGUCAGACGAGCUGUUUGCCCUGAGGCACCAGAGCUACGAGAGCAGGGAGAAGCUGAGAUGGAGCGCCUGGGAGAAAAGCCGCAGACGGAGACGAGGCAGCAGGUCUGCAUUGUAUGGGCCAGGUAGUGCCACCCGCCACCACCCCCAGCCCCACGCAGACUGGGGCUCCUGGUCCCCCAGAGGAGCAGACUCUGACGGAGAACUUCAGGAGGACAACCUGCCCCGGGUCCCUUGGGAGAAGCGUGCGUUCCCCCUCAGCAUUGAGGAAGAGGAGGCCCUGAAGUUUGUUGAGGAGGAGGAAGAUAAGAAGGCGCCUCCUCCGUUCGUGUGCUGGUCUGGGGAGGAGUGCAGCGGCGACUCCAGCGAUGAAGAUGGAGGAGGAGCAAGAGGAGGAGGAGGAGGGGACUACAGCGGCUCCGAGAGAGGAGACCCCACACCGCCACCCAGUGGACGCAGGCGGAGGCGCACCUGGGCCAAGGCUCCCAGGCUGCACAGCUGACGACGCCUGAUGAAGUUGCCAUGGCGCACCACACAGCUGCCAGCUGCCAAGAUGUGACCUCCGGAGCUCACAGGAAAUGACAUCAUGCCGCGGAAGCCAUGCCUGUGAAAGAGGUGCCACUGUGUUCAAGCGUCCGGCAGAUACAUAAUGGACCAGUACCAAGAGAGUCAAAGUUGGGGAGUCAUGUGACUCUUUCAGGCCACAGUGUGUUACUGUAAAGUAUUCUUUUGUAAAGUUAUUAUUAUUAUUUAUUUAUUUUUUCACCCAUCUUCAUGUUGGGCCACAUUAUUUGUAAGAUGGAUGUGGAUCUGCGGACAUCUUGAAGAAUUUAAAUAAAAAAACAAGACAAGCUUUAUUUUUUUCCAAAAUGCCAUUUUGUCAUUUUCAACGUCAUACUGCCCUUUUUAUGUAUUUAUAACACUAAAAGUGUAUAUUAUUUGCCAUUUGUUUUUUGGGUGUGUAAGACACAACAUGCAGUACCUGCAAACUACAGCCAUUUUGAUUUAUGAAUUGUAUAUAUGAAAUAUAGUUUCUGAGCUGAAAUGUGUUAGUUCAUUGUUAAAAUGUUUUUAUAUCUUUAUAAGUUGUUAUAGAGCUGUAGAACAUUACAGUGUUGUGGGUUUAGGUGUAUUUAUUUAUUUAUGUAUAAUGUAUGUGUGUGAUGGCCUUUCUGUCUUUUUCUAUUUCUCUCUCUUUCUCUCUCUCUCUCUCUCUCUCUCUCUCUCUCUCUCUCACUCUCACUCUCCCGGUGUCUCUCUCUCUUUAUUUCUCCCUCCCUCACGUUUUUUCUCUGUUUCUGUCUGUAUGCCGAUGAGAAGGAGAACAGAGGGAGAGAAAAAUAGAGACCAUUUUUGUGUCCAAGUCUGUGUGUGCAUGUUCAAAUGUGGACCAUCUGAGUCACACCAAAGUAUCUAAACAAUAUUUUUUAUUUGGUACUUGCCCUCAGAGCAGAUUCAUGUUUCAAUGUUUCCAGUGUUUUAAAGUGAUGUUCAGUGUGUGUGUGUAAGCGAUGUUCUCUUCUUUACGUAGUUCACAGUGUGUCAUUGUAACAUGGUUGACGUGAGGAUGUUGGAAGUAAAGUGUUGAUCAAGAAAA